AUGUCUUUGAGGGAUGCACUUAAUCUUAGCCAAGAUGAUCCCAUGCCUACACUCCUUGAAGAAUCAAACUCUGAUUGUCAGACCUUAAAUCUAGCAAACUGUGGCUUGCCUCAACCAAGUAACAUUAUAUCCGAUGCUGAUGUAGAGUGCAGAAAUCAGAGUGCUAACAUGGUUGUCGAUCAGACAGUAAAGGAAUGGCAAAGCGUUUCGGUUUCUGUUCCUGUUAAGGCGCAUAUCAAUGAUAUUAUUGUGUUAAGUGACAGUGAUGAAGAAGAUGUGAACAUUGAAGUCACUUCCGCAGGAAGAAAGGAAGUGGAGAGUCCUGAUAUUAAUAUUUGGCAUUGUUCAGGUAUUUAUGGUAGUGGAACAAGAAGGCCUGUUUCGUUGUCUGCACUCAAACGCUGGAGUGAAUCUGAAUUCGAUUCCUCAUCUUCUCACUUAGAGUUCAAGGUAUGGAAGACAGGUGAGAGCGAAAGAGAGGCAAUGUCUUUGAGGGAUACACUUAAGCUCAGCCAAGAUGAUCCCAUGCCUACACUCCUUGAAGAAUCAAACUCUGAUUGUCAGACCUUAAAUCCAGCAAACUGUGGCUUGCCUCAACCAAGUAACAUUAUAUCCGAUGCUGAUGUAGAGUGCAGAAAUCAGAGUGCUAACAUGGCUGCCGAUCAGACAGUAAAGGAAUGGAAAAGCGUUUCGGUUUCUGUUCAUGUUAAGGCGACUAUCAAUGAUAUUAUUGUGUUAAGUGAUAGUGAUGAAGAAGAUGUGAACAUUGAAGUCACUUCAUCAGCAAGAAAGGAAGUGGAGAGUCCUGAUAUUAAUAUUUGGCAUUGUUCUGGUGUUUAUGGUAGUGGAACAAGAAGGCCUGUUUCAUUGUCUGCACUCAAACGCUGGAGUGAAUCUGAAUUCGAAUCCUCAUCUUCUCACUUAGAGUUCAAGGUAAGGAAGACAGGUGAGACCGAAAGAGUGGCAAUGUCUUUGAGGGAUGCACUUAAGCUCAGCCAAGAUGAUCCCAUGCCUACACUUCUUGAAGAAUCAAACUCUGAUUGUCAGACCUUAAAUCCAGCAAACUCUGGCUUGCCUUAA